AUUCUUUAUUCGUCCUACGCCGUCGUUUUCUCUCGUUCUUUUUCAGCCACUUCUCAUCCAUCACCUGCAACUCAAAUUCCCGUCCGGCCUCGAUCAUCGUCGGUCGUCAUCAUCACCGUGAAAUCAGUCAGGCGAACGGGACGGCGAGCAUGGAUGACGCGAACGCCGUCGACGUCGCCGGAGUUCCGGCUUCAAGUCUCAAUCUUAUCGACCUCUCGAGUUCCGAUAUCCGACGGUCGGUUUCCCUGCUCAAACAGGCGUGCUUGGAUUCCGGCUUUUUCUACGUGAUCAAUCAUGGAGUCAGCCAGGACUUGAUGGAGGAGGUGUUCGUCCAGAGCAGGCGGUUCUUCGGUCUGCCUUUGAGCGAGAAGAUGAAGCUGCUGAGGAACGAGAAGCACCGAGGCUACACUCCUCUGUUCGAUCAGCUCCUCGACCCUGCAAAUCAGAUAAACGGAGAUUAUAAGGAGGGAUACUACAUGGGAGUGGAAGUACCACAGGACGAUCCUUGUGCGCAGAAGCCUCAUUUUGGACCAAACCUCUGGCCUUCUGAGGAUAUAUUGCCAAGAUGGAGACAGGCAAUGGAAAAAUUUCAUUGUCAAGCAUUAAAUGUGGCAAAAGUAGUUACAAGGAUCAUUGCUCUAGCACUUGAUCUGGAGGCUGAUUUUUUUGACAAGCCAGAAAUACUUGGCGAGCCUAUUGUGACCUUGCGCUUGUUGCACUAUGAAGGUCUAGUCUCUGAUCCCUUUAAAGGAAUAUAUGGAGCUGGGGCACAUUCGGACUUUGGAUUUAUUACCUUGUUGGCAACAGAUGAUGUCCCAGGUCUCCAAAUUUGCAAGAACAAGGAUGCUAAACCUCCGAAAUGGGAAUAUGUGCAACCUAUGAGAGGAGCAUUCAUAGUGAAUCUUGGUGAUAUGCUAGAAUGAUGGAGCAAUUGUAUUUUCAGAUUGCAUUUUUCCUGGAGCCUAGUCAUGAUUGUCUCAUUAAGUGCUUGCCAACAUGUAUGUCAGAGGAAAAUCCUCUGAAGUUUCCGCCUGUCCAAUGUCAGGCCUACUUGUCCCAAAGACUCCACGAUACUCAUGCUGAUUUAAAUGUAUACAGAAGGGAAGGAGCUUAGAUUUUUCCAGUUAGAGUGGAAGCCUGUCAAGCCGUGUUUGCCCGAAGUAGGGGUGUGUUUGCCCGAAGUAGGGGUAUGCUUUGAUGACUCAUACAGAUGUGCGUCAUGAGCUUAGAGAAGAGCAUCCAAUGGGGUACCGACAUGUACAUGCAUAUACAACCAAUGAUCUGUUUAUGGUUAUGCAUGGAAGCAAUAGUUCAGCCGCUUCCGCCUGAUUUUGCUCCUAAAUUAGCUGUUUGUACAUGCCACACUUUAAGAAAGGAUGUGAAAAGGAAAUGCCACACUCAUGUCUAAGCACCGACUCUCCUGCGAUUCAACGGAUGGGUCUGUCAGCUUUUCAACCAUAGUUACAAAGAUUGGACUGUACAUGCAACUUUCUGCGUACUUGACAAGAUUUUUCUAGACGAGCGGGCGUGUAGCUAAGCCUACAAAGGAUUGGAAAUUUAACGGGCUGAGGAAGAAAGACCAAAAAUUUCCAUGUGGAUGGGACUAUGAGCAGCGUUGGCAAGUGCACUUACCGAGAUCGUAAGCCACUUUAGCCACGUUGGCCGCUACUUGCCAAGAAAUCUUUCUGAGAAGUUUCUAAGAGAUAUAUAGAUCGUAAGCCAUUUUUCUAACUCUGUUCGUUAUGGAGAAGUUCAUCUUUUUAGCA